UUGCGCCAAGCACUGCAUUUCUUCGUCAUCAACCUUUUGGAGAUUUCGUUCGUUCUCAUCUCGGAGGAACCAUCGGAGAUCGGUUCGAUCCAUUUGGUGAAAUCACAAUGUUCAGCAGCCCCAGCACCAACAACAGUGUAUCGAUCUCGGUUUCGGAUGACGAGCCCGACGAGAUGAAUCGGAUCCGAGCCCGCUCCCGUAGGAAGCGCAAGAAACUCAGUCACCGAGCCAACGGUGAGUUGCCUCGCCGGGUUCUGAGGCUCUUCCUGAGGUACUGGGUCGUCUUGAUAUUUCUUCUCGCAGUUGGACUGCUCGUCUUCGAAGCGACGAGGAUCGGAAGGAAAUCCGGCGGCGGAGCGAGUUCGGAACUCAGUCAGUUGAAGGAGCGGGAGAAGAAAGCGAGUCCGAGCAAGAAGAAUGAGGGAAAUUUGAACAGAUUGGAUCCAACGACGAGGGUUGUAGAUGGCGUUAGAGAACCUUGUUUGAAGCUGCUGCCUCCUGAUGACCUCGAGCUUCUUGAUUUCCCGGAGCGUAAAGAUUCAGGUUCUCCCGUGCGAGAAGUUGUGUAUCUAUCUGAUACGGGCACUUCUUCUAUGGAAGAGAAGAUGGCUCUGCGUUGGCAGGGGACCAACGGGACCCGUUUUAAUCUAUUCACAGGAAACCAAACUUUUGCCGAGAGAGAGAAGAGUUUUCAGGUUAGUGAAAAGAUGACUGUGCAUUGCGGGUUUUUCAAUGAAAAUGGAGGAUUUAGGAUAUCUGAUGGGGACAAAAGGUUUAUGCAAACAUGUAAAGCAGUAGUGUCUACUUGUGCGUUUGGUGGGGGAGAUGACCUUUAUCAACCCAUCGGAAUGUCAAAGGCAUCAAGUCAAAAGGUCUGUUAUGUCGCAUUUUGGGAUGAGAUUACUCUUGCUGCCCAAGAUACAGAGGGUCAUAAGAUUGAUGAGAAUGGCUAUAUAGGGAAAUGGCGAAUUGUGGUUGUAAGGGACCUGCCCUUUACGGACCAAAGGCUUAACGGGAAAAUCCCAAAGAUGUUGCCCCAUCGCCUCUUCCCAAAUGCCAAAUAUUCGAUUUGGGUAGACUCGAAGUCCCAGUUUAGGAGAGAUCCUCUAGGGGUACUAGAGGCUCUUCUUUGGCGAACCAAUUCUGUUCUUGCAAUUUCGGAACAUGGGGCUCGUAGCAGUGUAUAUGAUGAAGCAAAGGCUGUUGUCAAGAAACAUAAAGCUACCCCAGAAGAAGUUGAGGUGCAGCUGAAUCAGUAUCGGCAAGACAAGCUUCCCGAAGAUAAAAGAUUUAACGGAAAGAAAGCGUUAUCCGAAGCAUCUGUGAUUGUGAGGGAACACACUCCAUUAACCAAUCUAUUUUUGUGCCUCUGGUUCAAUGAAGUCGUCCGCUUUACUUCUCGGGACCAGUUGAGUUUCCCUUAUGUUCUUUGGCGCUUGAAAGUACUCAAGAACAUCAACAUAUUCCCUGUCUGUACACGAAAAGAUCUCGUCAAUAGCAUCGGCCAUGUUCGCAAGGCAAAGCCCCUUCUGAACCAGUGAUUCUCCGGUGAGUUCUAUACCCGAACAAUCCCGAUUCUUUUGUUAUUUAGAUCGUUCUUGGUAUUGAAAUGUAACGGCUAGCUGGAUUUUUUCGUUUUUCUUUUGGAUUGAUCUUCUGAGAAGUUAUGGUUAUGGAGUAAGUAGGAAAGUUCUUC